UAUAUUUUAGCAUCAAAUUAACGCAAAUGCUCUAAAUAGCAGCAAAAUUGAGCUAUCAUGUUGUUUUAACAGUUAAACGUGCAACGAGGGGCAUCCUAGCUCACAACGACAUUGAUACAGGAUCCGUACUUGAACUUGAGUCUUAUAUUGUUGACAUCCGACGCGAAAAUUCUCAGUUUUUAUUGUUCUUCUGAUCGAUCAACUUCAGUUGUGGCCUUUUAAUUGUACCAAAAAUACAUUAUGAGUGCCCGAAAAGCAGCAAAUAGCAAGGAAAAGGGCUCUUACAGCAUUCAUGGUGUCUCAAAUUCACAAUUUUCGAUAAACACAAGCGGAUAUGGGUCGAGCGAUUUCAUUUUGACACGAAAGGAGUCCGUAAUAGACACUGCGAAGAAGAUCAAUCCAUGGUUUAAGCAGAAAUUGAAGAAAAUCUUCCGAAAAAAGACAAUUACGAAGCGACUUCCGAUCCUGCAAUGGCUUCCAAAGUACAAUUCUGAUGAUUUUAUCGGGGAUUUGAUCGCUGGAAUGACUGUAGGACUUACUGUCAUUCCGCAAGCUCUCGCGUACGCCGGCAUCGCUGGAUUGCCUCCGCAAGCAGGUCUCUAUGGCUCGUUCGUCGGAUGUUUGCUUUAUAUCUUCAUCGGAAGUUGUCGUUGUGUCAAUAUCGGACCCUCAAGUACGUCAUCCUUCCUCACGGGUCAAGUAGCGGGCGGAAAUUGGCCUCGAGCAAUAGUUUGCGGCGUCAUUUCGGGCUUUAUUGAACUUUUAAUGGGCAUUUUUGGGCUUGGGUUCGUCAUAGAUUUCGUCUCCGGGCCAGUUUUGUCGGGAUUUUCGAGUGCUGUGGCUAUUAUGAUCUUCACGGGACAAAUAAAAUCCUUUUUGGGCAUCCAUGCAAAGGGAUUUACGUUCAUCCAGGUGUGGAAAACGAUCUUGGCGGACAUUCACAACACACGCGUCGGCGAUACAGUGAUGGGCGUUUGUUGCAUGACGACUUUGUUGCUCAUGAGACAACUGCCGAACGUGAAAUUGGGCCCGAAAGAUGACGAUCACAAGAAAAAAUGGCAAAAAGUCGUCAAUAAAACACUUUGGAUCAUCGGGACAGCGAGAAAUUUCAUCGUAGUUGUCACAGCGACGAUCGUUUCUUACAAUUUAAUCGAAAGCGGCGAAGGUCAUUGGCUGAAAACAAUCGGAGAAGUCCCGCCAGGCAUCCCAGAAUUCAAAAUUCCGAAAUUUUAUAGCGAAGAUGUCGUCAACGCCACAGGAUUUGUCGUCGAAAAGGGAGAAACGUUCUGGGAGAUGAUCAGUUACAUGAAUAUUGGACUUCUUGCGGUGCCUUUGAUCGCCCUGAUUGAGACGAUGUCGAUUAAUAAGUCAGCUGCCAACGGAAAAUCGCUCGAUCCAACGCAAGAAUUGAUCGCCAUCGGCUCGGGACAGUUGGUGAACAGCUUGGUAGGAGCUUAUCCGGGAAAUGCGUCGUUUUCGAGAGGUGCGAUUAAUAAAGCGUCGGGCGCAAGAACCCCCUUGGGAUGUUUGUAUUCGGGAGUUUUGGUUAUUAUUGCACUUUUGUACAUGACGCCGUAUUUCCAGUACAUUCCGGAUGCUGCAUUGGCUGCGGUAAUCAUGUCUUCCGUCAUCUUCAUGGUCGAAUAUGCUGUCGUCAAGCCACUCUGGAGAAGCAAAAGAAGCGAUUUAGUGCCCGGACUCACAACUUUCGUGUGUUGCCUUUGCUUUGGCAUCCCCGUGGGAACCUUCAUCGGCAUCGCUGUCAACAUUCUCUUCGUACUUUAUCACGCAGCACGUCCCAAAAUCCAAGUUGACAAACGCGUAACAUCCGGUCUCCACACAAAAUUCCUCUUUAUCACGCCAGAUCGCUGUUUGAUGUUCCCGAGCGUCGAAUACGUGCGAAAUUUAAUCAACAAAGAAGCGCUGCGAAAUGCCACGCCAGUCGUCAUUGAUUGCACGCACAUCUACGGCGCGGAUUAUACGGCGGCAAUGGCGAUCCAAAUGCUGCUAAAUGACUUUGCGUCGCGCCAACAACCGAUUUUCUUCCUGAAUUUGAAGCCAAGUGUCGCCGAAACGUUCGAAGAAGCGGAACUGGACUUCCAUUUGUUUUACUCGUAUCACUUGCUGGAACAGGCGAUUGAUGAUUCGAAAGUGCUUGAGGUUUCUACGAAGUUGUAAAAGUUUUUUUAAAGGAAUAAAUUUUGUGUUUUUAGGUAAAUUUGCA